UUUUUAGGUUUGCCAAGCUAACGUUUCUGCGUUCUAAACAAACCAAACAUAUAUACUCUCUCUCUCUCUGUGUACUCUCUCCCAUGGCGUCCACCCGUGAGGGCCACUACAGAGGAGUGAGAAAGCGGCCAUGGGGCCGUUACGCCGCAGAGAUACGCGACCCGUGGAAGAAAACCCGUGUUUGGUUGGGCACAUUCGACACACCGGAAGAAGCGGCGAUGGCAUACGACGGAGCCGCCAGGUCUCUCCGGGGCGCAAAAGCUAAAACCAAUUUCCCUCCGCCGCCGUCUGUGGCGGCGCGUCCUGGACUCACGCUCGAUCUAAACCUCCCGACGGACAACCCUAACAACCACCACCACCGCCGCUGCUGGCCGUCGCCUUCCGGCCGCAUCAUGAUCGGGGAGUUUCUUCAGACCGGAGUCCUCAAGGACGUCGUCCCUCCUAACGUCGUCAAUGCCGCACCUCCCUCCGCCUCUCCGCCGUCCGACGCCGGCGGCGGCGCUGCCAACUUCUUCUCUAUCGUCAGACGCGGGCUGCCUAUCGACUUGAACGAGCCGCCGCCGUUGUGGAUGUGAAAAUUUUCUUACGUAAAAUCAACCCUUUUGAGAGCCUCUCUACUCUUAACACUUCGUAUGAUUCUCUAACUCCAUUUUCAUGUUCAGGGAGACCGGAGUUUUCUGGAGAUAUUAUGUCCUUUCCUUAUGCGGAUGAAUUUCUUGUAUAUAUUUUCCUUAUAAUGAUGAAUAUUAAUCUGCCCAGAUCUUAUCAGACAAUUUAAUAUUCCCUCUUUUUUCUU